ACCAAUAGCGCCGCACAACAAACUUUGGGGAGGGCUACUGCCCUCUCCCUCCUUCCCUUCCAAUUCUCUUAUUUUCUUUAUUUUUCUUGUGGGUAUUUGGAGGAUUUCUCACUCAAGCUUCAAAGAAUCAUCAUCAAGAGCACCACACCUCUAUUUUGGGUAGUUGGGUGAAGAAAUUACUUGGUUCAUACUAGCUCAUAGCUAGAAGUGACCAAGCUAACUCUCCCCUCUCUUCCUUAUUAUCUAUUCUAUAAUUUUAUUUGCUAUUGAUGAUGUAUUUGACUAUGGAUAGUACUUAUUUUCUAUUACAUUGAGCUAUGGAUCGGUGGAACUAUGGAUGGGAAGACCCAUGGGGAUAUGAGCAAGAAAGUUUAUAUGGUGGAGGUUAUCAAGCUUAUGAGACUAGGGAGGAAUUCGUUGAAGAACUACUAGCUCAAUUACAAGCUUCUCAAGCUCUCUUGCAAGUCUCCCAAGCUCGAUUGCAAGCUUCUCAAGAGAUGCUUAUACAUUCCAAUGAGCAACUUAAGGCUAGUCUUGCACAAGAGCCACCCUUCACCAUUUAUGGGCAUGAAUCUUUCUUUGACCAAAUGGAGCCUAAUUCAAGAGAAGAAGUAUAUUAUGAGCAUCAUGAGCAAGAGUCGCCUAUUCAAGAUCUAGAUGGUGAUGUUCAUGAACAAGAAAGUGAGCUUGGUUAUGAAAGUUUCAAUGCAAGUGGGGUGAGUGACUACACUUCGGAGGAAUUGAUGCAAUAUUGGAAAUCUAAGCUUCCAAAUGGAGGGGAGAUGCUUGAAGAUGAUUCCGAAGAGGAAGAUGUCUUGUCUAGUGAGGAGGAUGCGGAAUUUGAAGUUAUACACCAUAACCCCUUGUUCAUUGAGGAGGAUGCGGAGCUUGAAGUCAUACACCAUAAUCCCUUAUUUGUUGAGGUUGAUAUUCCCAUGGAGGAAGAAAGUCCUUCAAUACUUUGUGAUGAUGAAGAAAUUGAAGAGCCAAGGACUUUCUUGCCUCCUACAUCCAAGGAGAUCUAUCAUGAGCUACCCAAGGUGGAGAGUAGAACAUUGAGCACUUAUGUUCUUAAUGCGAGGAUUGGGAUCAAGGUACUUUUACCUCCCAAUCCAUCAUUAAGUGGUCAAUGUUUCUACAAUGAGGUGAUGGAUUGGAAAGGAAAUGGAGCACUUGCACUCAUCCUUUCCCAUCACUCUCAAGAGCUUCUACCACCUAUUGUUCCUAUGAACAUCAUUUCUACACCACUUGAGAAGGAGAAGGCAAGGAGAUUAAUUCAUAGAAGAAAAAUCGAGAAGAAGGGGAAGAUUAAGAAGCUACACUUUUGGCCACCAAAUGGAGUAUUCUUAUGUUGCUCUUGGUCUUGUCUCUAUGACAAAUCGAUGAGUCCCUUAGUGCCAAACAAUAGGGUGGUCGCACUUGAGAAAUAUCCACCUUGACAAAGAUCAUGUUCUAUAGACUGGCUUGGGGUCUUUAAAAACAAGCACUUCUAGGGAGGCAAUCCUAGGUGAUUUUGAAAUUUUCUGGUUUAUUUUGCAUCAAUAAGGCUAUUUAGCCAUAUUUUUAGGAGGAUGGGAGGUGUUUGGAGUUGGAA